AACUUAAUCUUUUCAUUUCAGCCACGUUUCAGGCCCUCUGCCUUCAAACCGGUCACCCCGAAAAACUUCAGCUCCAUGCAAAACCUCUACCCAUCCAAAUCAGAUGAGCUGGAGUGCAGUUUACCCAACGGCAUGCAUCCGUCCUAUAGCAAAGCACAAGCCAAAUCAAUGUCCACCUCUUCAUCGUCCUCCUCUCCAUCGCGUCCAGGUACAAGCACUAGUAAAGGAGUGUUAACAGCAGCCCGCGGACUCAGCCAAGAAGAGGAAAACACAUCUGACUCCGGACACAACUCUAUGAACAGCCUGCCGCCCUACAAGCCACCCUUCCGCCCUCAUUUGGGUCAAAUCAGCGCCUCGAUGGGUCACAUCAACCACAUCGGCUCACUGGACCGCACGUCUCUGGGAUCUAAAGGAGCUGCGUCUACAGUCACGGAGGUGUCCUGUCAGAGUAUGGCAACUCUCAAUCGUCUGCAGUGUUACGGUAGCGAGGCGCCACCACCGUAUGAACUGUCCCAAUCUCUGGAGGACGUGAUUCGGGAUCUGGAGGAACGACUUCAGGAGAAAGAGCAUGAGCUGAGGCAGAUGAGGAGGAACCUAGACGAGAGCGAAGACGCCAUUGCACAGGUUUUUGAAGGCAAACAGCGGCUCUGGGAGAAGGAAGUGACGGAGCUGAAAAACCUGUACACCGCCAAACUGCGGCAGAUAUCCCAGCAGGCUCAGCGUUCCCAGCGAAACCUGCAGCUGCAGCUGUAUAAAGCCCAGCAGGAGCGCAACCGGCUGCAGGACGAGCUGGAAAGCGUCAGGCUGGAGUGCCAGAAGCUGAAAAGUCAAAGCCCAGCGGCACAAAGCCAGAACAUUAAUCCCCAGCUGGAGGAAACCCAAUGGGAGGUGUGCCAGAAGUCAGGUGAGAUCUCGUUACUCAAGCAGCAGCUGCGGGACUCUCAGGCCGAGGUCACGCAGAAACUGAGCGAAAUUUUCCACUUAAAGACGCAACUGCACGAAACACGCAAUCAGAUGCGGAGCAAAGACAGCCAGAUCGACUCGCUGCAGACGGCAGUGCAAGGAGCCCGGAGGAAAUGCACAAUGCCAGCUUUUGAGGACACUCGAUCAGACAUGGACACGGGUGAAACUGGAGGAUCCAGCGCUACAGAGGAGCGACUCAGAGCUGAACUUCUCCUUGAAAGACGCCAGAAUGAAGCUCAGACUUCAGCUUUUGAAAGCGAGAGGAAAACAUGGCAGAACGAGAAGGAGAAAGUGAUUCGCUACCAGAAGGAACUGCAGGCCAGCUAUCUGGAGAUGUACCAUCAGAACGAGGCCUUGGAGAGGGAACUGGCCGUGCUGAGAGGGGGCAGGGCCAGAGUGGAGGGGGCGGGGCCUGGGGGCGGAGAUGAGGGCAGUGCUUCACAUGAAACAAAGCCUCCCAUUGGUCUGCCUUGGAUAGAGAGGAUCGAGUCCUCUGAGAUUUGACUUUGCAGAUGUUUUUUUGGCAUCCGAGUUUAGAUUGAUGCCAACAGUUUUGGCUUCGUAUCAGUUUCACUUAUAAGAUGAAAAUUGAACGUUGUUUUUUUUUUUUUCAAAUAUAU